CAACAGUAACACAUAUCACUUACUCAACACAUUUACACUCAUGCACGGAGCUCUACGUGGACACCAGUUGAAAAUCAAGGAGACACUACGUAAGCAAUGAACUCACACAAAGUUGAGGAACAAGAUGCUGGAUAUGAGACUCCACCCAUGUGUGAUCUUCUGACCCUACUGUUGAAGAACCGACGUCCAUCUUCUCCCUGUGAUGAAGUUUGGCCUGACAUCUUCAUCAGUAAUGCGUCAACAGCGAGAGAUACGAGUCUGCUGAACGCAUUAAACAUCUCUCACAUCAUCAACGCUGCACACGGACCUUCUCACAUCGAUACUGGAGCAGAUUUCUACUCUCAUACAAACAUACAGUACUAUGGUGUGGAGGCUCCAGACAGCAAAGACUUUGAUAUGACUCCAUUUUUCUACCCUACAGCCGGUUUCAUUCAUAAAGCUUUGUACCAGCAAAAAGGGAAGGUUCUGGUUCAUUGUGCUCGAGGCGUCAGUCGUUCAGCAGCACUAGUGCUGGCAUAUCUGAUGAUUUAUGAAAGAUUGACUGUAUCUGAAGCCGUAAAGAUAGUUUCUGCACAUCGAAACAUUUUACCCAAUCCUGGAUUUCUUCAGCAACUCCGUCAGCUGGACUCCACCCUCGCCAUGCAGAGAAACACACAACAAACAGACAAUACAAACUUGACUCAACACUAAUAAACAACAGACUAAAACGUUCUUCGUGGUUAAACUUUUCAUGCUGAACAAUUUAAACUUUAUGCUUUUAAUAAUGAAGUGCACUCAUUUAAACUUUUGUACAUUUGUCUCAUUCUUGUAUGAUUAUUAUUUGCAGUUUUAUGAUCUCAUCAAUUGUGACUACAUUGAAUUGUUGCAUGUAAAAUUUGUAUUACGGAAAAUUUCUGUAAUUUAUUGUGCCUGUUAUUUUACAGUAUUUUUCUGGCAAUUUUACAGUUUUUUUUACAGUGCACUUAAACAUUCAGUCCAACCUGAUCUCAUGGGAAUCUGUAUUUUAUGACUUGGCUAAUACGAAGUGAAUUAUAAAAAAAAAUAUGAUUUUUCAAUAAUUAUUCCCCAACCCUAAACCCAACUACGCAGGGGCGAAAGCAAAUCGUCCAAAAAUGUAUACAUUUGGUCAUACAAAUUCGUACGAAUUAGCCAUUUCAUAAAAUACGCACGAAUUGCCAUGAGAUUGUGUGGUUUGGUUACAUCAGAGGAUUUGAGUGAAAAAAUUGUCAAAAAAUAAACCCCAGCUGUCACUUGGGCAGUACAAAUUAAAAAAGGAAAAUUAACCAUGAUUUUAUUGUGGUUAAAGUGUAGUAACGAUGGUUUUUUUGGUGAAUUGAUUACUAUCAGCAAAACUAUGAGUUUUCUACACUAACCAUGGUUAAACUAUUGUUUUUGAAAAACA